AAACAGUUGAAUCCUGAGGCAUUCAAUUAAGUGUUUCACCCUUCAUAACAUCCGCAACCGCCCACCUGAGCAUCUGAGAAUACAACUGUCCACUUGCUCUCGAAAUAUUGUUGGUGUCCGGGUCUCUUGGAGGGUCUCCGACGAUCAAAGGCGCUAUUGAUCACAACUAGCCAUGUCCUUCGCACACGCGCCAGUCACUAAAGGGAUGAUGUUAGGAUUCGGUAUCGGAUCUCUCUUAGCAUCUUUAUUCGAUAUCAAGUACUAUUUUCACCUUCAACUCGUCCCCCACAUCUCCCGGGACCACCAAUAUUGGAGAUUGUUGGUUAGCCCUUUUGUGCUUGGUAAUUCCAGUGAUUUGGUUGUGGUCGAAUUGGUGCUAUACCAAGUAUCCAUCCAAAUUGAACGAGCUUUCGGGAGUCUCAAAUUUUUUUCUUUUGCUGCCGUUUCGACAGCAAUAUCUACAUUAUUAUCAUUCAUAUCACUUCUGGCUUUUCAUCGUCUCGGACUAAAUUAUAUGCCAUCAGGUCCUCUAUCAUUGAUUUUCAGUAUCUUGUAUCAGUAUCAUCGCGUCAUUCCAGAUGCAUACGAGUUUCGGAUAGGAAUGAUUGAUUUCUCAAACAAAAUUUUUGUCUACAUCUUGGCUUUCCACCUCGUUUUGACCGCUCCACCAGGAUCGGUCGUCGCAGCGCUGAUGGGCGUGUUUGUCGGCGCGUUAUAUCGCAGUGAUAUGAUUAACUUAAAGACAGUCCGCCCUUCACCGUCCCUGCAACGUUUUGCAUCAAGAUAUAUUCUGCCCCUGAUUGGCUCUACAAAUCCCCCGCGGCGUGACAAUCGUGCGCUUCCCGACGACGCUCCAAGUCCGCAAACGGUAGCGACGACUCGCUCUACAUCUCGACCUCGGCCGGGGGUCCGGACGUCGGGUCCGAGUGCCAGCAUCAGCCAGCAAUCACCUACGGUUGUACACCCACGCCUAUCACUAAGUAAUGCGACGGCCGCUGCUCCUUCGGUUCUAAACCAAUGGGUGGACGAGCUCACGGGAAGGGGUCGAGCGUCCGGUGUCCGGGUUCCAACAAGUGACGAGAUCACCCAGCUGUCCAGCAUGUUCCCUGAAGCUUCCAGAGAUGUGGUACUCCGGACUCUGCAGAGAAGCUCAAACAUAGAGGAUGCAGUGGAGAUCAUGUUAUCUGAGCAAUGAUAUAACAUCCCCUGCCGAAGACCAGCACUACUCUUUUGGUCAAAUAUGCAGCGAUCAAAUACUCCAUCGGAACCAAUUGGCUGAAAGUGUAUCGAGAUAAGUGAUAUCUUUGGCGACUUCACGGGUGCCCUGCGUUGCCAUCAUCACCUCCCUUAUCUAAUACUUCAUCAUCCUCCCCUGUAAACGCUGAGGCUGGAAUAGAAUAUAAGCGAAUAACCGGCU